GGCAACAUGAAGCAACCAACACCAUAGCGCUGAGUGUUCUGAAAAUCUACCACCGAGAAUCGUGAGAUUUGGAACUUCCCAUCCCAAGCACCUAGCGCAAAAGGGGACUGGUCCGUAACUCAGGCACCUGGGAGCUAUCACAUAUAGUAAAUAACACCAUUUCUAAGAGGCAACGUGAACAUGAUGGAAUCACUGUGAAAAGGAAUCAUCAGGAGAACUGUUCCAUCGCAGCCCAUGCAUUGGAGUCAACCACUUGAACCCACAGCCCCCAAGCCCAGAGAGCCAGCUGCGCCUCCCUUUUGCACCAAUGGCUAAUUGUUGACCCAGAAGAGGUUCUGCAGAAUGGGUCCUGUGAGUUAAAAGCCAGCCCCAGCUGGUCAAAGGCCCUGAUGCUGCUCAGAAUGAUUCAUGUGCCUAACUUCGGACACGGUCAAUCGUUCCACUGACAUCAAUAUGACAAGACACAGUGCUUGGAGGUAAACACAUGCGUGUGCUAGUGACUGUUACUCCUGGAAAUAUAUUGAGUACUUUGCAUUUUUGGAGUUCUUUACCCCCGGGCCGACUGGCCAUGGCCUCCCCCUGGAUCUUACUGGAGAAGGAUGUGUUCAACCCCCAUAAUGAGAGACUUCUGGAAAUCGUCCGUGUCUGGAAAACGGGAAAGAGGAGGAAGAACUGCAUCCUCUGUGUAGCUGUGGCUGCUUGUAGGCCAAUGCAGUUGUUCCUAGAGAAGGUAAAGAAGGCAGAUCGAGGUGACCAAUACAAGACGACGAGCAGGUGGCCGUUAAAGGAUCUGAAGCUGGUAGAUGGGAAGAAUGUCAAUCAGGAAUGCCUGGAUUUUGAGCUGCAGUUUGAGAAGGUUUACAAGUGGACAGCUGUCAGUGCUGAUGAGAAGAAUGCCUUU